AUGGAGCACAUGAUCCCACUCCCUGGAAUCUACAAUCUUGAUUUCAUCGCUACGAAUCAAGGGUCACGUGCCAAUAGCGUGAUCAAAGGUACCAAGAAAGAACAAGUCGACCAAAUCAUCAAGGACAUGAGGGAGUUCAAGGAGAAGAACAAAGUGGAUAAGUUAGUUGUUCUUUGGAGAGCAAAUACAGAGCGUUAUAGCAAUGUGAUUGUUGGGCUUAACGAUACGAUGGAGAAUCUAUUGGCUUCUGUUGAAAAGAACGAGUCUGAGAUCUCGCCUUCUACGCUUUCACCAUUGCUUGUGUUCUUGAAGGCAUCCCUUUCAUUAAUAGGAGUCCUUAGAAUACUUUUGUUCCAGGCUUAUCGAAUUGGCUAUAUCGAGGAAUUGUUUGAUCGGUGGGGAUGA